CCCCCCCCCGUCGGGUCCCGCGCCGCGCUCCUUGCGCAUUCCCCCCCCUGGAAGGGCUGGGGGGCCGCGGGGGGCCAGGGCGCAGAAGCCCCGCUCGCCACCAUGGCGUCCGGCUAUGCCCACGCCAUGGACAGACAGGCCCUGCUGCCCGCCCGCCUCGACGGCCCCGCCGGCCUGGACAAUUUACAAGCCAAGAAGAACUUCUCCGUGAGUCACCUGCUGGACCUGGAGGAGGCGGGUGACAUGGUGGCCGCCCAGGCGGAGGAGGGAGGUGGCGAGCCCGGCAGGAGCUUGUUGGAGUCCCCCGGGCUGACCAGCGGCAGCGACACCCCGCAGCAGGACAAUGAUCAGCUGAACUCAGAAGAGAAGAAGAAGAGAAAGCAGAGGAGGAACAGGACUACCUUCAACAGCAGCCAGCUGCAGGCACUGGAGAGGGUCUUUGAGAGGACACACUACCCCGAUGCCUUCGUACGGGAGGACCUCGCACGCAGGGUCAACCUGACUGAAGCCAGAGUUCAGGUGUGGUUCCAGAACCGGAGAGCCAAGUUCCGCCGGAACGAGAGGGCCAUGCUGGCCAGCAAGAAUGCCUCUCUGCUCAAAUCCUACUCAGGGGAUGUGACAGCUGUGGAGCAGCCCAUAGUACCUCGCCCUGCCCCGAGACCCACUGACUAUCUGUCCUGGGGGACUGCCUCGCCCUACAGUGCCAUGGCCACCUACUCUGCCACGUGUACCAAUGCCAGCCCAGCACAGGGCAUGAACAUGGCCAACAGUAUUGCCAACCUGAGACUGAAGGCAAAGGAAUAUAGUUUACAGAGGAAUCAGGUGCCCACAGUCAAUUAACAGCUGGGGAGAAGAAGGUGAAAACACAACAGCACCCGUCCUGCUUCGCAACUUGUCUGUGCUGGAAGAAAAAAAAAAAUAAUAGAAAGAGAAAAAAAAAAAAGCCAUAAAAAGAAAAGAAAAGAAAAAAAAAAGAAAAAAAAAGCCAUCCCUUACCCAGAACUGAACAUGGGGAGCAAACCUGUGAGUGAUAAGGUUCCUCCUUCCUUUUGGGAUCAUGCCACCGUUUUGUAUUUUUCCUUGUUAUCGUCGGGUUUAUUGCUUCUGCUCAAUAUACUACGAGCUUCUUCAGUAAAGGACAGUCUCACCCUCGCUGGGGCUGCAGAGAGAAACCCCCUGCCCAUCUCAGCCCACGGACGAGUGCCACCACCAGCAUGCUGAGAUGCAAAGCUUGCUCAUCUCCCCUCUGCCCCAGCUCACCCUAGAAGAGGAAUUUGUUCGAUUUCCAUGAUACCCACCCCACCCUCAUCCCUCCAGUCCCUUGUGCCACAGAGGCAGCACGUUCUCAUCACUCUGCCAGAAGCUCAUUGAUGCAACAAGAUGGAUCCCUGCUGUCUUGAGUUGCCUGGAAAACCUCCCUGGGCUCUGCAGAGCUCCAUUGUUUUGUUGAGUAUUCCCAGAAAAGCCUCGAAAAGCCAAAGAAGAGAGCAAAGCCAACGUGGGUGUGUGAGCAGGGGGAGGGUAGCAGGGGGAUCUCUGUGUAGUGCCAAGAACAGGACUGUCAGGACACUCCUUUCCAUGCCUUACAAGUUUGUGCCACAGGGAAAGGC